AUGGGAAGAAAAUUUCCUAUAGCCGAGAGGCCUUCAAAUAAUCAUCAUCUUAUCUCAUUUUCAUUGUUCAUAGUAUGCAUUGCUGCAACAAUGGCUGUAAUUUCAGUUCUAUGCGGUUCUUUAUCGCGUAAGAAAUCGUCUACCCCAUCAGAAGUUGACAAUGCAAGAACAGAAAAUUCCCAUCUAGACAUUUCAUCAAAGGGAAGAGAUGCAUCCCACAAACCACAGGCUGAAGUUGAAUCUUCAAAGGCGGCGGAAAAGCAGGAUGAUGAACAACAGGGGCCAUUGCCGCCACCACCAGCCAUGCAACACAUAAGGGCCGCCUCGUACCACCACAGAUCAAAUUCCACCGCCUCAUCACAUGGCAAGUUAUCAUCAAGCAUGAGCAUGAAAGUGCUAGGAAAUGCGAUUGCAACGCGGAUGGAGGAGAAGAAAGAAAAGAAAUUAAAUCGUGAAGAUUCAGUUUGGAAGAAACCAAUAAUUUUAGGAGAAAAAUGUAGGGUUCCACAAGAAGAUGAUGACACAAUUCUUUAUGAUGAAAAGGGAAAUAGAAUCUCAACUUAUCAUCCAAAAGCUCCAUCCACUGCCCUCUCAAUGUCCAGGCAAAAUUCAAGAAAUGAUUCAGAUGCAGUUCCUAACUAA